UUCAAACCCGUUCUCGUCAUUUCCCCUCGGCGAACCUUCCGCACUCUUCUUCCCUCCGGAAACAUACUCCUCCCAACCACCAUUUCUCUUUCCCAAAUCCCAACUCGAUCGAUCGCCAUUAACUUUAAUUUCUCGAUCCCUAGCUCCCCAUGAUCCCCAACGUCUCCUCCUCCUCCUCCUCUCGUAACAACAUUGCAACAUUGCGUUCUAAUUAAAGACUUGUUUGUUCGUAAUUAAUUAGUUACGAUGGUUUCGCUCACGGACACUCAGAUCUCGGCCUCCCAGUCCCAGAGCCCCUGCGCCUCCUCGGUCCGGAUCCAGCGCCUGCUCGGCCGGUCCAUGCGAACCGUCCGGUCCAACCUCUUCAAGAACGCGCCGGUCCGGGCCCUCGACCCCCCGGAACCCUCGGGCGCCGUGUCCGAGGAGCUCACCGACUCCUUCGUCGACGUCCGCCUCCGCGAGCUCGCCGCCGCCGGCCCCUCCUCCGCCGCGGGCAAAGCCGCGAGGGACCUCCUCGAGCUGUCCGGAGAGUUCAGCGACUACUCGAGCUUCAGCUCCGACAUCUCCGGCGAGCUGGAGCGGCUGGCGGGGGCGGCCCCCAGAUCGGACGGAGAGUUUGCGGCGGCGAGCGCGCUGCUGCUGCGGCGGCCGGAGUUGGAGGAGCCGCCGCGGUCGGAGGCGCUGGACUGGUACCCGGUGGAGAGGCUGGAGCCGGUGGUGCGGGCGUGCGUGGAGAGGCUGCGGGCGUCGGAGCCGGCGGAGGCGCGGCGGGAGGCGGCGGCGCGGCUGCGGCUGCUGGCGAAGCACCGGUCGGAGCUCCGGGAGCUGAUCGGGGCGUCGGGGGCGAUCCCGGCGCUGGUGGAGCUGCUGCGGAGCACGGACCCGGCGGCGCAGGAGGGGGCGGCGACGGCGCUGCUGAACCUGUCGCUGGCGGAGGCGAACAAGGCGGCGAUCGCGGCGGCGGGCGCGAUCAAGCCGCUGGUGUACGUGCUGCGGACGGGCACGGCGGCGGCGAAGCAGAACGCGGCGUGCGCGCUGCUGAGCCUGUCGACCGUGGAGGAGCACCGCGGCACCAUCGGCGCCUGCGGGGCCAUCCCCCCGCUGGUCUCGCUGCUCGUGCGCGGGACCACCCGGGGCAAGAAGGACGCGCUCGCCGCGCUCUACAAGCUGUGCGCCGCGCGCCGCAACAAGGAGCGGGCGGUCAGCGCCGGCGCCGUCGCCCCGCUGGUCGCGAUGGUGGCCGAGCAGCAGGGCGGCACGGCGGAGAAGGCCAUGGUCGUGCUCGGCAGCCUCGCCGCGAUCGCCGACGGCCGGGACGCCAUCGUCGACGCCGGCGGCAUCCCCGCGCUCGUCGAGGCCAUCGAGGACGGCCCCCCCCGCGGCAAGGAGUUCGCCGUCGUCGCGCUGCUGCAGCUCUGCGCCGACUCCCCCCGCAACCGCGCCCUGCUCGUCCGCGAGGGCGCCAUCCCGCCGCUCGUCGCCCUCUCCCAGUCCGGCUCCGCCCGCGCCAAGCACAAGGCGGAGGUGCUUCUCGGUUACCUACGAGAGCCGCGGCACGACGGAGGGGCCGCGGCGGCGCUCGGCUUGGCAAGAUAACAACAAGAUGGAGGGUUUCUGUGUGAACGUCGAAAGAAUGGUGUGCUUCAGAUCUUAGUCGAGGGUAAUGGGGAUUGGAAAAAGGAAUUAAGUGUGUGAUUUUUGUUCUAGGAAUUGUCUUGUAUUGUAUUUUAUUGCAUGUAGUUGGUUUGGAUUGGAUCUUCUGGUCGUUUGGGUGGGAGAUUUGGGUUUUACAGCCUCUGGUUUUGUAUUGGGUUGUAUCCAAAUUCUGCAGAUUCUCAAAUGGGGAGUCUUAUUUGAUGUAUCUGGCAAUUUUCUCAUGUUUACUUUCUCUUAUGUAUAAAAAUCUAUGGCUCAAUUUCAUGAGUA